AUGUGGCUGGCUACAUUCAGAGACCAUCUGUUGCCCGCACACCUACUACAUCAGCAAGGGACUGUAGCCAUCACCCACUGUGCCCUUCUUUGGUGGAUAUUAUGCUCCUGCUGGUCACUCACCAAGGCGACAAGCCAGAAAUUUUACCCAACAGUGACCACCCAAUUUGGUAAACUUAGAGGCCUCAGGGUUCCUGUGCCUAGCGAGGUGCUUAGGCCUGUCGAUCAAUAUUUGGGGGUCCCAUAUGCGGCCCCUCCAUUGGGCGAGAAACGCUUUAUGCCUCCAGAGCAGCCCUCCUCUUGGUCCGGGAUCAAGAAUGCUACCCACUUCAUGCCGGUGUGCCCUCAGAACAUCCACAACACCGUGCCAGAGGUCAUGAUGCCCAUAUGGUUCACCUAUAACCUGGAUACAGUAGCCACAUACAUCCAGGAUCAAAAUGAAGACUGUUUAUAUCUAAACAUCUACGCUCCAACAGAUGAUGGGACCCAACACAAGAAAAAGGGGGCGGCUUUCUCACAUGGUGACAGUGAUAAGUCUGAAGACAUAAGGGACUCUGAGGCUCGACCUGUGAUGGUCUACAUCCACGGAGGAUCCUACAUGGAGGGCACUGGGAACAUGAUGGAUGGCAGUCUGCUGGCCAGCUACGGGAACGUUGUUGUCGUCACUCUCAACUACAGGGUUGGCAUAUUAGGCUUCCUCAGCACUGGUGACCAGGCAGCCAAAGGGAACUAUGGACUCCUGGACCAGAUUCAAGCUCUUCGUUGGAUCAGUAAAAACAUUGGUUAUUUUGGAGGAGACCCAGGUCGCAUCACAGUUUUUGGAUCUGGAAUCGGUGCCGCCUGUGUCAGCCUGCUAACGUUGUCCCACCACUCGGAGGGUCUUUUCCACAGAGCUAUAAUCCAAAGUGGUUCAGCCCUGUCCAGCUGGGCUGUCAACUACCAGCCAGUCAAAUACACUCGCAUGCUGGCUGAGAGGGUUGGCUGUAAUGUUCUGGACACUGUGGACAUGGUUUCCUGCCUACAGAAAAAGAGUGCAAAGGAACUGGUGGAACAAGACAUCCAGCCCGCCCGUUACCGCGUGGCUUUUGGUCCCGUCAUUGAUGGAGAUGUCAUCCCGGAUGACCCAGAGAUCCUAAUGGAGCAGGGCGAAUUCCUCAACUACGACAUCAUGCUUGGUGUUAAUCAAGGGGAGGGGCUGCGCUUUGUGGAGAACGUGAUGGACCUUGAAGACGGCGUGUCUGGCAGUGACUUUGACUUUGCUGUGUCAGACUUUGUAGACAGCCUGUACGGUUAUCCAGAAGGCAAGGACACACUGAGGGAGACAAUUAAAUUCAUGUACACAGACUGGGCUGAUAAGGACAAUCCAGAGACAAGGAGGAAGACCCUGGUGGCUCUAUUCACUGACCACCAAUGGGUGGAGCCCUCCGUGGUGACAGCUGACCUCCAUGCCCGCUACGGCUCGCCCACUUACUUCUAUGCCUUCUACCACCACUGCCAGAGUCUAAUGAAGCCUGUGUGGUCAGACUCGGCUCAUGGAGAUGAGGUGCCUUACGUAUUUGGCAUCCCUAUGGUGGGCCCAACUGACCUGUUUCCAUGUAACUUCUCCAGAAAUGACAUCAUGCUCAGCGCUGUGGUCAUGACUUACUGGACCAAUUUUGCCAAGAGCGGGGAUCCGAACAAGCCAGUGCCCCAGGACACCAAAUUCAUCCACACCAAGGCUAACCGCUUUGAAGAGGUGGUCUGGUCCAAGUAUGACCCCUAUGACCAGCUGUACCUGCACAUUGGCCUGAAGCCUCGCAUCCGAGAUCACUACCGCGCCACCAAGGUGGCCUUUUGGAAGCACCUGGUACCCCACCUCUAUAACCUGCACGACAUGUUCCAUUAUACCUCCACCACCACCAAGGUAACACCGCUGGACGCCACCCAGUCCGGUGGUAAAAGCAAGUCCUCCAGCACCAACCGACCUGCUGUAUCCACUGCCCACAGCAGCAAUGGGGAGGGGGGGAAUGAGAUGGGCCCUCUGAUUAUGCCAAACCCAAGAGAUUACUCCACAGAGCUCAGCGUCACCAUUGCUGUGGGGGCCUCGCUGCUCUUCCUCAACGUGCUGGCCUUCGCGGCUCUCUACUACCGGAAGGACAAGCGGAGCCGGCAGGAUUCGUCCCAGCAGCCCAGUCCCCAGCGUGAGAGCAAAGGCAACAACGUCAGCCACACGACCACCAUCGACGAGAGCCUGUCCCAGCAGAUGAACCAGUGUGAUGCACUCCACAAUCCCCUCCAUGCCUCCCCAAACAUGGACUACUCACUCACCAUGCGCCGAUCCCCCGAUGACAUUCCUCUCAUGACUCCCAACAACAUCACCAUGAUCCCCAACUCCCUAAUGGGCCUCUCUAACAUGAGUCCUUACAGCACCUUCCCUGCCGGCUACAGCUCUGCAGGCCUGCCUAGCACACACUCUACUACACGGGUGUAG